GAGGAGAUGGCGGCGACGGCGGCCUGCGCUGCACGUCGAACUCUUCUCCGCUGCUCCACCGUCUCUAGGGGUAGCAUCCGUACUAGUACAUCCAUUCCGGCCUCCGCGUUCGCCCGCCAACCCCGCCGGAAACCGCCAUCAAGUAUUUUAAGGGUUGCUGGGGAGCUGAGUCUUAUGCAGUCCUUGAUGCCAUUUUACAGCGCCACUGCUUCGGCUUUGCUCACUUCGAAGCUCUCUAUGAGGCCUGGGGGCUGGGCGUCGCUAUCAGAAGGAUUCGCAACACCACUAUAACAGGGCCAGUGGAAUUGCGCAGCGGUACACUGCUACUUUGAUUACUGUCUCAUCUUUUCUUUAUUAGUUCAUCAUCUCCAAGUGCAAUGAAAUUGCCGUAUUUUAAAAUUUCUGAACAAAGUAAGCUUUUGGCUUUAGCAUUUAGUCUAAUCAUACAUACUUAAUUGGAUAUUCAUUCAGCCUUUUACCAGGAAAUGUUGUUUUGGGGCAUUUAUAUACAUACCACCGAAUUCUUGUA